GCGACCUCGUUUUCAACUGCAACGUGUAGAUUUGAGCUGAAACUGAGGUUUAAUUAAAAAAAAGUCAAGUAAAAUACACAGAAAUAUGUCUUCACCGGAGAGAAAAGUCGAAAACGGAGUUCUGGAGGAGGAAGAGGAGCAGAAAGCGAGAAAGAGAAAGAUUUCUCUCUCCAGGUGUGGAGUUUGCAGAUCCAAGGAGGCCAAUUAUACAUGUCCCGCCUGCCUCACACAUUCAUGCAGUUUGCUGUGUGUGAAGAAGCACAAAGACGACUCGGGGUGCAGUGGGGUUAGAAAUAAAACGGCGUUUGUGGCUCUCUCACAUUUUGAUGAAAUGAAUCUUCUCAGCGAUUACAGAUUUCUGGAGGAUACUGGAAGGUUUUCUGACGGUGCCACCAGAGACGGGCUCAUACGGGCUCCUCGUUGUACUUUUAAAAGCAAAAAAUUGGCUUCCCAUGCCAGGAAGAUGAACAUCACACUGCGAUCCCUCCCCGUCACGUUCACGAAGAACAAAGAAAACUCGACUUUCUUCCGUUCACGAGAUAAAGUGUUCCUGUGGCAUCUGAAGCUCAUGUUUCCUCAAAGCAGCUCCGAGUUCAGCCAGAGGAGGGUGUCGGACAUGCAAACCUUGAAGCAGAUCCUGACCGCCUACAUUCACCCGACAGAGUCGGAUCCCGUGACUCGUCAAAAGUUGAAGAUGUAUGUUCAUGCUCCGUUUGAUGAUGUGAAAGUGUUCAUGAAGGCAGAGGGGAGAAAGGCGAACUCUGUGAGGUACCAUGAGUUGGACGUUGAAAAGAGCCUGAGAGAUAACCUGAGCUACAAAACAAUCAUCGAAUACCCCGUGCUGCAUGUUGCUCUCAGGGAUCACUGGACAGACUAUCCUCUGAAAGGACCAGCUGAAUCUGCAUCGACUUGCAACGCUUUUGCAACAAAGAAUGUCGGGACGGACGGAGGGGAAGAGGGUGCAGGCCAGGGUUCAGCAUCAGUGCAAGGGUCACACACACCAGAGAGAAGCAACAUCUGCACAGGAGCCCCGGAGAGCACUCCCGAACCUGCACCCCCACAGGAGAAAAGGCCCAAGAGAGGAGCCGAGGAAGAGCAAGAGGAAGGAGAGAUCACGGAUAGCAGUGAGGAUGAAAACUGCGACGAAGCCAGAAGUCCUACUGAGGACACGGAGAAUGUUGUUGAUGGGAUGGUGAACGCAGCUGCAGCCGCAGGGCUGGCGGUGUGAGCGAGGACGUUGCUCGGCCUCCAGAGGCGUCGCUGACGUCAGCCGGAGUAAGGAGGAUGCUGUGGAAGCGCCGGGGCCUGUUCGUACCCGCCGCCGGCGACAUGGAAAUGAGUCAGCUGAUGCUGCUGACAGCUGCCAAAUAAAAUGUUGAUACACAGAUGGAAAAAGUUGAAAUGAGUGAAGGAUGUUUCUGAACGGAAGUUACCGAUAUAGUCAUUAUGCAGCGGACCAGUGGAAAGUGACACUUUGCUGAAAACAAGACCUGCCAUCUCCCGAGUGCCUUAUCACAUGAACGAAGAGCCAGUGAAUUGUUUUUAUUCGCCUCCUUUCUCAAAUAAAAUCAGUGUUUAGAAAAACUUCUGUUGCAUUCCUCCAUAUGUCAAACACAAAACAAGUGUCUGGUAGUUGUUUUUAUCAAUUAACCCUGAAACGAGGCCAGUUUACCGGCUGCUGCGUGUCGUGAUCUCCUCUCCUCUCCUCUCCAUCUCACUAGGAACUUUUUGUUGAGGCCAAAAAUGUGCACCUGGAAGAAAAUAACCCCUCAAACAGCAAGAAGAGGAAAAAAAACUUGGUGAGAGAUGAUUCCGUGACUACUUAAGCGUGUCCACGAAGGUCAUUCGAUAAGACCAAAAAACAAAUGACAAAAAAACUUGUCAAUAAAUUAUUUUCAAGAGAGGUUGUUUUGUUUAUGAGCAAAUAGCUCCAGUUUUUAACGAGCCGGCGCAGUCGAGGGAACACUUAGGAGAUUAAAACCGUCAUUCCUUUCUGUUUAGCACUCAUUAGGUUACGUGUCCUUGUUGACUUUAUCUCAGCCGAAAAAACUGAAGCCCGUGCGAACCCGAGGCUGCAUCCACUUUGAGCUGCAAGCGGGUCUCAUCCGCGUCAGGCUGCAACAUCUUUAGUUUUCUUUUUCCAUCAGCCAGUAAAAUUAAAGUUGACAUGCUCAUUUUUCUGACACCUCUGGCCUGCCCUCCCCGUGCGGAUGUACUUGCGUAUGUGCCGCGUCUAUGUAGCGUUUUCUCACUAAAUGUUGCGUUUUUUAUGACAGGGGGCCAGCAAUAACUGUCAGCGUAGCCCGUUGCUGCAGCUCAUGUUUAUGGAUGUGUUUUUAAAACCCCUGCUGACAUCUUUUGGACGUUAACCUCGAUGGACGGGUCUCUUUGAUGUCUGGCCUGCAAUGACGUACUUUCCACCCCUUUUUUUUUUUCUGCGCAUCCUUUUUUUUGGAAUGAGUUUAACGCUGAUGUUUAAAUGCGGAGGCAAGAAAACGUAGAUGAGUUUUAUGGAGUCCGUGUUAAUUUGACUCGCACUAAGGGGGUGUGGGAAGCAUCAACGCUCCAGGGUCAGGGUGAUCAUAUAUGCCUCCACCGGCGGGGGUUCUGAGAGGACAGGCGGGAGAUUUGUGUUCACAGAUCCGAGAAGUAACAGCUAAAGGCUGCAAGACAUCACUGGGACUGGCAAGCAUCUAUGUUCAUGAGUCUACUUUAUGUACAUCAUUUAACAGGAGGGUGUCCGUGGCAGAACAGGCUCUCCAAUAAAGUACAUUACUCUUGACAAUCUGCAGCAUUGCAGGAAACACCUGUGUUUUGUGGACUUAUGUAGCAAUAGUUGAAUGGUUCAGAAAGGGCACUGGCGAACAUCUUACCAGGCACGAUAAAAGGAGCAGAUUUGGGCUUGAAGUGGCCCGGUCGGGUGAUGCAUCCGGAUGAUAGACCUGAGCUGUAUUUGACCCGGUCUUUGUAUGUUUUGACCGUAUAAAAACGUAAUUCUCCUCAGUUGUGUAAAAUAAGACCUGGAAACAGGCAUUGUGGCAUAGAAUUGUCAAAUUGGUUUAAU